AGCCCCACGCUCUAAGCAGGAAGGAACGGUGACAACAGUACCAGCUGUGGUGUCGUUUGGGUCUAUAAUUGGGACCUUGUGGGUUCAAGUCUGCUACGGCCUGCAGGUCACUGAGAUGCUGAGCAGACAUAAAACCAAAUUCUUGUUCCUGCAUCAGUGUGGAGCAGUGUUUGAAGGGUAUUAGCUUUACCUCACUAUGGCCGACCCGCAAAGAGCCAAAGGGGGCCAGGAUACUUAUAUCUUGACCAAGGACUUUGUGUUUGCUGAUAAGCUUGAUGGGAAUGUGAAACUUGGAAAAGGAACUCUUUUGUGCCUCUACAAGGAUCAUGGCAGUCCAAGUCAGAAGUCGUGUUGGUGCAAAGUCCUUGAUACUGAGGACGUGCUGAAGGUUGAAGUUAAAACAUUAGCACAAAUGAAAAUUGUGAAGGACAAGUUUGUUGGCCUGUUAGAGGCAAUUACCAACUUAGAAGAGCGUCUGGAGCUUUUCUUGGAUGAGGAGAAAUUGACAAAGCUGAGUUCCCUUGAAGUGGGAAGCAGCGUGAGGGUGCAGACAAGUUCAUCCUCUAAUGAAAAAGUAGCAGGGAUAGUGCGCUUCAAAGGCAAAUCAAAGCCAGAUUGUGGCAUUCUUUUUGGAGUGGAGUUACUUACUGCAGGUAAAGGUUUUACUGAUGGCUCUUUUAAAGGGCAGAAAUUCUUCUCCUGUAAAGAAAAUGGCGGUGUUUUUGUUCCUGCAAGUCGUCUAGAACCUGCUGAGGAGACCAUAGCCACAGAAUGGGACAACAGACUACAUAACAAAGAAUGCCUGCAAGCACGCACGCCCAGCAGCAGUUCUGUAGAGCCACUGGAAGUGGGGAGCAGAGUUUACGUUGACAUUGCUGGAGACCAGUUGUUUGGCAGGGUAACCUUUUACGGGUACUUACCAGAGAAGGAAGAGAAUGGAAUUUAUGUUGGCAUUCAUUUGGAUCAGCCUGAAGGGCGAUGGAGUGGUUGGUUUAAAGAUCAUCAGCUCAGUGUCAUUUCUUCCCCGUCAUUUGGCAUGCUUCUGCCAGCACAUAAAGUCCAUCCAGUUUCAAAACUGCCUCCUAUCAAUCAUCAGUUUGAUAAUGAAAGUACCCAGUCAGCAGUUGUUGGAAGAAUUGACAAGAACCGAGAGAAUAUGAUGAUCAAAAGCAAGCAACAAGAGUUUAAAGAUGAGACAUUAUCAGAUGAACCUCGAAGACCAACCACCUUUCUGUCUCCGGUGUCAAGAUCCUUACCUGAUGAAGGUCAGCCCGAGUCUGUCAGCUGCCGUGCCCACCGAAGGGAGGGCUCAGGCCCAAACCAGUGUCCAACUUCUCCUUCAGCAGCCGGGGAUACACACAGGGAUGUGACUGAAUUCUCUGAGGAGAACCUGGAACUUGGCUUUGAGGUCAACUCUAUGGUGGAAGUGAAUGAUCCCCCAAGUUUUGGGGUCAUACGGUGGAUUGGUGAAGUACCUGCACACCAAGAGAAAAUUGCUGGUCUGGAACUGGAAGAACCUUUGCCCAGUGGCUGCACAGAUGGGGUAUUCUGUGGUGUGCGCUAUUUUCACUGCCCUUCCAACAAGGCCAUCUUUGUGAAGCUGAAGUACUGCCGACCUGACUCCCGUUUCAUCUCACUACAGACUCCGGCCAAUCAGAUUGAGAGAUGUAACUCUGUAGCGUUCAAGGAAUACACUAGUGAGACAGUUCAAGAAGACACCCCCCCAGAAUCAGGCAAAGACUGUGGGGAGAAGAUGAUUGGAUGGAAACGAGGGAUCCAAGGUCACUGCAAUUCCUGCUAUCUGGAUGCUACACUUUUCUGCAUGUUUGCCUUCAGCUCUGUGCUUGACACUGUCCUCCUUCGACCACCAAACAAGAAUGACAGUGACUCGUACUGUGAGACACGGGAUCUUCUGCGCACUGAAAUCGUCAACCCUCUUAGAAAGCAUGGCUAUGUUUGUGCCACCAAAGUAAUGGCCUUGAGAAAAAUCUUGGAAGAAACUGGUUUCCCUGGAUCUGCUGGCUUCACGAGUGAAGAGAAAGAUCCAGAAGAAUUUCUCAACAAACUUUUUCAAGUACUGAAAGUUGAACCUCUGUUUCAGAUUAGGUCUGCUGGACAGGAACCUCAGGGCUGUGCUUUCUACCAGAUCUUCAUGGAAAAGAAGCCAUCAGUGAGUGUACCAACGGUGCAACAGCUUCUGGAAUCGUCCUUCGUCAGCAGUAAUUUAAAGUUUACUGAGGCACCGUCAUGUCUUAUCAUUCAGAUGCCACGAAAUGGGAAGUCUUUCAAGAUGUUCAACACAAUUGUACCUACCCUAAUUCUUGACAUCACAGACCUCCUGGAAGAUGUUCCUAGGGAGUGCUGUCUAUGCCAGGGAAUGGCUUCCGUCGAGUGCAGGGAAUGCUAUGAAGACCCAGAGAUCAUGCCUGGUGGGAUCAAGCAGUUCUGUUCCGUAUGCAGCAUCCAGAUACAUAAGCACAGCAGAAGGAAAGCACACAAGCCCCAGAAAGUGAGUGUGCCUACAGAGCUAAGAGACCAGAAGGAGUUUACUGGCAUUCUUCCACGACAGACCAUGGAACUGUUUGCAGUUCUUUCUAUAGAGACCAGCCACUAUGUAGCAUUCUCAAAGUACGGCCCUGGCGAAACAGACUGGCUCUUUUUUGACAGCAUGGCUGAUCGUGAAGGUGGACAAAAUGGAUUCAACAUUCCACGUGUUGAACCUUGCCCAGAAGUGUCUGAGUACUUGAAAAUGUCAACAGAAGAACUCCGAGAUGCAGACACCAGAACGAUUCCAACAUUUGCACGGAGACUAUUGAGUGAUGCGUAUAUGUGCAUGUACCACAGUCCAACCCUUAGCCUGUAUAAGUAGCCCUUCAGCUGCCUAAUAUCUCUGUAAUGCCACCGGUGCAUUUUGAGCCUCAGGUUUAACAACUAACUUUUCAGUCCUGUGCUUUACCACUGCCUACGUAUGCUACUUCAUUUCAUUUCAAGACAAAAUUGAAGCAAUUCUCCUCCGUCGAGGGAUCUGCCACAAAUGUCAGACGGCUCUUUCUGCCUACUUUUCUGCAGUCUCAUUUGCCUGAGUCAAGAAAGCAUGUUGUGGAACUGCAGAUUGUCUUUGUUGAAUUACAUCAAUGAUGCCUUGAAGUUUUUUAAUAUAUUUAAAAAGCACUGAUUUUUGUAAUGAAAGAUUUUUUUCUACUGGAAUUUCCUGCAAGAUUCGACUCGUAUUAUGUUCUGCCCUUUUUGUAGGCCAGCCUUUUGUACUUUGUGUGCCUUUCUCCAUCAAGAAGUGAUUUGCAUUGAGGAGUAACGACUGAUAAUUAGUGAUAGACAGUUUCAUGAGGAGUGGCUCUCAGAUCUGAUAUGCUUUUUAUAGAAUGCAAAAAAACCCAAAAAAAUUGCCUUGUCCUUUUGUGGGGGCACUGGUAUGCUUCAUGCAUGGACUACUGUUUGAAUUCCGUUUUGACAUGUAUCCAAAGAAUAAAGGUUUAAUGUUUUUAAAGUGA